AUGUCGACUGCCGUCCCGUCUCUCGGAGAAAUCAACGCUCUCAACGUGCCCUCGCUCCCGGGCAACCUGAACACACCCAAUCAGACCCCCGCCUGGACCAACAACCCUCUGUGGGCUUAUGUUUCCGAGACCUACAACACCAUUGCCGCCAAGCGAAGCGGCCUGAACCUGGUUAACCCCGGCACUCUCGAGAACCUCAACAAGGAGGUGUCCAAGGAUGUUUUCCUCACCAACUACUUCUUCACUGGUCUGCGAGCCGAGAUCUCCAAGACCUUCAGCAUGAACCCCGCCUUCCAGGUGUCCCACUCCUUUUCUCUGGGCUCCAAGGUGCUCCCCCCUUACGCCUUUGCUGCUUUCUUCGCCAAUGACAACUUCUUCAUGCAGGGCAACAUUGACAAUGAUUACUCUGUCGCCGCCCGAAUGCAGUACUCCUGGUCUAAGGAGUGUGUCUCCAAGGUGAACGCCCAGCUGCAGAACGGCCAGCCCGCCAUGAUUCAGCUCGAGCAGGAUCUGCAGGGAGCCGACUUCUCCAUCAACUUCAAGUCCCUCAACCCCUCCGUUCUCUCCGGCGGUCUCUCCGGUGUCUUCAUUGGAUCUCUGCUCCAGUCUCUGACUCCCAAGCUCGCCGUUGGUCUCGAGGCCAUGUACUCUGCCCAGGACCCCCGAAUCGGAGAGGCUGCUGUUUCCUACUUCGGCCGAUACGUGUCUGGCGACUGGGUUGCCUCCGCACAGCUCCAGCAGAUGGGUAUGGUCCAGGCAUCUUUCUGGCGAAAGAUCACCGACAAGGUCGAGGCUGGUGUUGAGGCCAACCUGGCCCUGCUCGGCAAGCCCAACCCCAUGAUGGGCGGUGUCUCCGGCCCCGAGGGAACCACCACCAUCGGCGCCAAGUACGAGUUCCGACAGUCUGUCUUCCGAGGACAGAUUGACUCCACCGGAAAGGUUUCCUGCCUCCUCGAGCGACGUGUCCUCCCCGUUGUCUCUCUGCUCUUUGCUGGAGAGAUUGACCACGUUGCUAACACUUCCAAGGUUGGUCUCGGACUCCAGUUCGAGGCUGGUGCCGACGAGGAGAUGAUGGCUCAGCAGCAGCAGAUGAUGGAGCAGCAGCAGAUGAUGGAGCAGCAGCAGCAGAUGUAA